GUGAGAUAGGAAUAAUAUCAAAACUCAUGUAACAUUCCAUCAGAGAAUUAACCAGACCUCAUAUUGAACUCACUGCUUGAUAUCAUGACACCAAGAUUGCCCGCCUUUUCAGCAAAUUCUAACGAUGUGCGUGCCUACAUUUCUCGCACCCUCAUAACAAAGCUCGGCACAUCACCAGAUAUUGCGGAAGAAACUGCCAAAUUAUGGAAAGAUGGGCGAGGCGCCGAACUUUAUGAUUUUUCAGCUCGAGCUUUCAAAUCAGUUUUUGGGGAACAAACUGGCUGGUCUCUCUUUCGUAUUGUUCAUGAGGAUAAGCUUCAAGAUUGGAAACAAUCGAUUGUUGGACUGCUCAGUUCUUGUAAGUCUUUAUCUGUUAUUGAAGAGCUCUGCAGAGAUGACAAUUGCUAAUGCUUGUUUUAAUAUCUUAGACGCCUUGUUUGGCGCAAUUAUUGUUACAAUUUGCCUUAUUCUUCGUCUACUUCUCCUUUAUGCUUCAAAAGCCACUUUCCCUUACGGUUUCAAGAAAGGUACGAUUAUUUGUGAUGAAUGCUGAGUCUGUAUCUGGAAUUAAUCCUGUGACAGGCGGUCUUCCGGUCUUUCAGGCACUAUUGAUUUUAGGACUUUCAAUGAUCAACUACGGUCUUCAAACACCUAGUAUUGAUGAAGGCCAGUCAUUAGCGAUAGCUGGUAUGAUGAUCAGCUUUACUGCGGCAAUAGGUACAUUGCUGUGCUCACUUCCGGAUCCGGCACUGAUGCGAGGUGAGGAGGGAAAGUAGUCGGAGAUCUGGGCUGGUUGACAGCUGAGAACUCGAGAAGUGCAACUUGUAUAUUCUGUGCUCAAAAAUUAUUACUAUUUCAAAUAUUGGGUUAAAGUAAAUCCACUGUACUAGGAAUCAAAUUCCAUUUUGCGCAAAAUCUCCUAUUGAAUGGAUUCAGUAUAAAAUGCCACCGACCAUCAUAACACUCAUAAGUGGAAACCA